UUACUGGUGCUGGCUUCACACAGAUGCAGGUCCUGCACAGACAGCGUGAAUAAUGGAGAAAACACCAGCACCACCAUCACCACCAUCACCGGUAUCUUCUCCCAGCUCAGCCGAGCAGAGUGUGAGGAAACCCCGCAGCGUGGAGAGUCUGCAGGCCGAGAGACGGAGGGACAGAAGCCGGAGCAAGUCCAGGAUUAAUCUCGGCCAGGCCUUCACGAGGUGGAGAGAACUGCGCCGAUCUAAAGACUUCAAGUCUGAUCCUGAGUUCGCUUCAUUCUUACUGGACCGCUACCAGGGAAUUAAGCACGUCUCAAGAGUCCACAGGAGGACCCGUCUAAUGCCCGAUGCACCGUCUGAUGGUGAGAUAGAUUCGUCCAAUGAUGCCGACGCAAAGCAGCCAGCAGAGAUUGAGAUAAAUCUGGGAUUAACGAGAAGCGUGAGGGAGAAAACGUCUGUGGGUUCACAAGAAAGACGCAAAUCAUACAGCGAAGCUGUGCAAAGCAGGCUGUCAGCGUCAGAUGAAGAAGAAAGCUGCAGCUUAUCAGGCAGUAAUCACGUCGUCCUGACCAAGGAGGUCUUGGUGCUGCUGAUGUACCGGUGUUUGGAAUGCUCCGGUCCGUGCCGUAUUUGGGGGUUAGGUAAAGGAGGGAGUCUUUCGUUCGGACAGGAGUGUGUGAAAUGUUCUCACUACAGGGUGUGGACCUCCCAUCCGGCUGUGCAACCGACGCAGAAGGUGGCAGAUAAAUCACAGUCACACGACCAUGAAAGUCGGAGACGCCGGAUCGAAGCUUGUGUGAACACGGACGCUCGGGACGUCUCACGUUUUGCGGUGAAAGAGGAGCCUGAUGAAGACGAGAGAACGAAAGAGGAACACGUACCACCUCUCCUGCUGGAGGCACACGAGGAUGACGAUCCUUCAGCACUCAACGAAAAUCGCGACGAGGACGCGGACGGGUCCGAUCUCAGAGACGGGCCGCCGAAUACACAGGAAGAACCGAUUAACGAUCAGAACAGAAGCGUAAACGAUGACGGAGACGCGCCUUCAGACGAGGAGUACGAGGAUCCUAGCUCGUCUUGCGAGGCCACAGAGAAUGAAGAAUUAUCGGAGUCCGAAUGCGACCGCAAGCUGAAGCCAUUUCAGAACACGAUCAAACCCAUCAUCUGGUGCACAGACUGCCAAUGUGUCGCCAAAAUGGUGUGUACGAUCCGGAGGCACCUGAAGAUCUUCGGCUGCCGGGAGUGCGGCGUGGUGGACGACGCUGACCGGGGCACCGGAGACGCUCCUGACGACGACGUCGAGAAAAAGCAAAAACGGAUGAAUUUCUCGGUUUAUUUCGGCGACGUCGUGAGCUUUCAUAAGCACGCCAUGAGCACGCACGGCGCCAAGGAGAACCCGGUGGAACAGCGGGUCUGCCAGGACUGCAAUAAGAUCAUCAGGGUGAAGAAAAAAGUCCACGUGUGUGAGUACAAGAUCAAACCCUUCUUCUGCCCCCUCUGUCCCAAACGCUUCUUCACGGAGAACGGCCGGAAGGUGCACGUCCGCCGGCUGCACGGAGACUACACGCACUUCUGCAAGUUCUGCAUGACGCCGUUCGCCACCAAGGCCUCCAAGCUGGAGCACGAGCGGCGGCACGGCGACGGCGACCUCCUGCCCUUCUCCUGCCCCGACUGUCCGGAGAAAUUCAAAGAUUUCAUAACGCGCAACCAGCACAUGAGAGGCCACACGGGCCAGAACAGGUUCAUCUGCGACGCGUGUUACCGCACCCUCCCCACGCUCACCAGCUACGAGAGGCACAUGCGCAUCCACUCGGGGGAGAAGCCGUACUCCUGCGGGGUCUGCGAGCGCUCCUUCAAUCAGGCCGGCCACCUCAAGUCCCACAUGCGGCUCCACACGGGCGAGAGGCCGUUCAUGUGCGAGCAGUGCGGCGAGUGUUUCAACCACAACGUCAGCCUGAAGAACCACCUGCAGAAGCGCCACGCCGGCCUCGCGGCAUCGGGGGAGGACGGUUCCUCCGAGACGCCGAGCACAGGACGCGGGAGGAAGCGAGACAGGACGAGCUCUGACGAUCCUGCUGAGAAGAUGGAAACGGAGGAGGGAUAUAGAUCGCAGAGUGAACCGUCCGACGAUGACGAGUGCCCGAAAAGAGGCAGAAAGACGAAAGUCAGGACCAAAAGACGUGCAAAGAAUAAUAUAGAUGAAAAAUAAUAGAAACGGAUGCUUAUCUUCGUGAAGCGUUAUUUCCUGAGCCUGUGUGGCCUGACACACAUAUCACACAGUACGGUCAUUUUGAGAAUUUGGGUUUCUCAUGUAACUGUAGUGAUUUGAUCUCAGAUGAAUGUGUUUGGCAUUUUAUCUGCUGCGUCUUCUGUCUGUCAGAGACUAAACGACUUCUGUCUAAGAACUGUAGAUUCUGGACUAUGUAUCAGUAAUAACUAAUUGAACAACCGGGCCAAAAU